GAGUAGAGAGAGACAGAGAGAGGAGGAGAGAGACAGGGAGAGGGAGGGCAGACAUUGAAGAGCGUUUGAUUUUCCGUUUAUUCAGUUUACUAUAUGUAGCGCCAUGGCGUCGGACCAAGAAAUUGCGGAAGGUGUGGAGACUGUGCUCCGUCAAUCAGGCCCUAACGACGUCGCCUCCGUAAACGGCGUCGUUCAGCAGCUCGAGGCCAAGCUAGGGUUGGACCUCUCCCACAAGGCCGGCUUCAUUCGCGACCAGAUCAACUUCCUCCUCCGCCCCUACGCCCAACCCCCAAAAGCCCAUUUUGCCUUCCAUUACAACCCCAACCCCCACAGCCACCACCCCCACAACCAGCACCCUCAAUUCCUCCCCCAACAAUUCCCUCCCCAUUUUGCCCUCCAACCGCACCACCUCGCCACCGAACCCCACAGCUUCCACCCACCGCCACCGCCGCAUCAGCAACUACGCCCUCAGCCUCAGCCUCAGUCGCAGCCGCAGCCUCUGCCUGUGAAGACCGAGGCUUUCCCCCAAAAUGCUCCCACAUCCGCCCCGGAAACCCCCAAAGAGAGUGCUCCGUCUUCUGGAACCAAGAGAAGAGGGGGGCCAGGGGGUCUUAACAAAGUCUGUGGUGUCUCACCUGAGCUUGAGGCUGUUGUUGGUGAACCGGCCUUGCCGAGGACUGAGAUUGUGAAGCAGCUCUGGGCAUACAUAAGGAAAAACAACCUCCAAGAUCCAACUAAUAAGAGAAAGAUAAUUUGUGAUGAUGCCUUGCGUGUGGUAUUCGAGACAGACUGUACUGACAUGUUCAAAAUGAAUAAGCUGCUAUCUAAACAUAUUAUACCCCUUGAACCUAACAAAGAGCCAAGUCAAGCUAAACGAUUGAAGGUAGAGGCCAAGUCUACAACUGAGAGUACUCAACCUCAACCUCAACCUCAACCACAAGCGCAAGCGCAACCGGGGUCCCCCACUGUAGGAAUAUCUGAAGCACUAGCUAACUUUUUGGGCUUUGGAGGAAGGGAGAUGCUCCUAUCUGAGGCAAGAAGACUUCUUUGGGAGUAUGUAAAGGUUAACCGUUUGGAGGAUCCUUCAAAUUCUACAGUGAUAUUAUGUGACGCAAAGCUCCACAAACUUCUUGGCUGCGAAAGCAUUUCUGCUUUGGGGAUACACGAGAUGUUAGAUCGCUAUCAUUUAUUCAAGCAAUCAUGAUUUCUGGUAGUGUUGACUGGUGCAUAGGACCUUUGCGACCUGUUCUCUUCUGAUUCAUAGAAAAGAUAGGAAAGAACACUUCUUUAUAUCCGUUUUUUCUUCUUUUUCGUCUUCUCUUUUCGUGCAUUGAUGUGGUUAGGUGCUACGCCGUCUUACAUGUCGUGGUUAUGUGUAUCUAGGAAUGCUAUAUGCUGUUGGUUAAUGGCAACAAGAUUCUUAGAUCAUGCCAUUGCCUAGGUUACUUCUUUUUAGUCGUCUUCUCCUAACCAUAACCGUGACAGAAUGAUAAGAAGAAGCUCUGUACAGCGUGGAAGGACCCUUGUAGUUCCAUAGAUGGCAGUAAAUGUUAGUUUUAACGGCAACUUGUGUAUCUUCUUACCUCGCAGUAAAUUCCUAUUUUAACUUUGAUUUA